AUGGAACCUGAAGGAACCACCUCCACCUUCUGUGGGACACCAGAGUAUUUGGCUCCUGAGGUCCUGAGGAAGGAGCCGUACGACCGCACAGUGGACUGGUGGUGCCUGGGGGCCGUGCUCUAUGAGAUGAUCUACAGCCUGCCUCCCUUCUACAGCCGUGAUGUCUCAGAGAUGUAUGAGGGGAUCCUCCAUAAGCCCCUCCCACUUCCUGCUGGUAAAUCAGACGCCUGCUGCUCCCUGCUGCGAGGCCUGCUGCAGAAGGACCAGCACCGCCGGCUGGGCGCCAUCGCAGACUUCCUGGAAAUUAAAAACCACACAUUCUUCUCUCCGAUCAACUGGGACGACCUGGUCCAUAAGAGAAUCACUCCUCCCUACAACCCCAACGUGAGAGGUCCCGCGGACACACAACACAUCGACCCGGAGUUCACCAGAGAGAUGGUCCCCAACUCAGUCAGCCGCACUCCGGACCUGAGCACCACCGGCUCCAGCGCCAACGCCUUCAACGGCUUCUCCUACGGACCGAGAGGAGAGGACCCAGGAGAGGACCCAGGAGAGGACCCAGGGGAGGACCCAGGAGAGGACCCAGGAGAGGACCCAGGAGAGGACCCAGGAGAGGACCCAGGAGAGGACCCAGGAGAGAACCCAGGAGAGGACCCAGGAGAGGACCCAGGAGAGGACCCAGGGGAGGACCCAGGAGAGGACCCAGGAGAUGAUCUAGGAGAGGACCCAGGAGAGGACCCAGGAGAGGACCCAGGGGAGGACCCAGGAGAGGACCCAGGGGAGGACCCAGGAGAGGACCCAGGGGAGGACCCAGGAGAGGACCCAGGAGAGGACCCAGGAGAGGACCCAGGAGAGGACCCAGGAGAGGACCCAGGGGAGGACCCAGGAGAGGACCCAGGAGAUGAUCUAGGAGAGGACCCAGGAGAGGACCCAGGAGAGGACCCAGGAGAGGACCCAGGAGAGGACCCAGGAGAGGACCCAGGAGAGGACCCAGGAGAUGAUCCAGGAGAUGAUCUAGGAGAGGACCCAGGAGAGGACCCAGGAGAGGACCCAGGAGAGGACCCAGGAGAUGAUCUAGGAGAGGACCCAGGAGAGGACCCAGGAGAUGAUCCAGGAGAGGACCCAGGAGAGGACCCAGGAGAGGACCCAGGAGAGGACCCAGGAGAUGAUCCAGGAGAUGAUCUAAGAGAGGACCCAGGAGAGGACCCAGGAGAGGACCCAGGAGAUGAUCUAGGAGAGGACCCAGGAGAGGACCCAGGAGAUGAUCCAGGAGAGGACUCAGGAGAGGACCCAGGAGAGGACCCAGGAGAGGACCCAGGAGAGGACCCAGGAGAGGACCCAGGAGAGGACCCAGGAGAGGACCCAGGAGAUGAUCCAGGAGAGGACCCAGGAGAGGACCCAGGAGAGGACCCAGGAGAGGACCCAGGAGAUGAUCCAGGAGAGGACCCAGGAGAGGACCCAGGAGAUGAUCCAGGAGAGGACUCAGGAGAGGACCCAGGAGAGGACCCAGGAGAGGACCCAGGAGAGGACCCAGGAGAUGAUCUAGGAGAGGACCCAGGAGAUGAUCCAGGAGAGGACUCAGGAGAGGACCCAGGAGAGGACCCAGGAGAGGACCCAGGAGAGGACCCAGGAGAUGAUCCAGGAGAGGACCCAGGAGAGGACCCAGGAGAGGACCCAGGAGAGGACCCAGGAGAUGAUCCAGGAGAGGACCCAGGAGAGGACCCAGGGGAGGACCCAGGAGAGGACCCAGGAGAUGAUCUAGGAGAGGACCCAGGAGAGGACCCAGGAGAGGACCCAGGGGAGGACCCAGGAGAGGACCCAGGGGAGGACCCAGGAGAGGACCCAGGGGAGGACCCAGGAGAGGACCCAGGAGAGGACCCAGGAGAGGACCCAGGAGAGGACCCAGGAGAGGACCCAGGGGAGGACCCAGGAGAGGACCCAGGAGAUGAUCUAGGAGAGGACCCAGGAGAGGACCCAGGAGAGGACCCAGGAGAGGACCCAGGAGAGGACCCAGGAGAGGACCCAGGAGAGGACCCAGGAGAUGAUCCAGGAGAUGAUCUAGGAGAGGACCCAGGGAGAGGACCCAGGAGAGGACCCAGGAGAGGACCCAGGAGAUGA